GUCUGGCAGUCAUCAAGUAGUAUCUGAGCUUGUAACACAUAGUUAGCAGUUGGUAAUAAUUAUAGCUCCCUCAGUGAAUACGUAAAGUGCGAAUAAAUACGUAUACUCGUAGAAAAAUGCUGGCAUUUGUAUUGGCGUUUAUUCUGAUCACGGUCCUGGUAGGAUUAGUGAUCUAUGCUCGCUGGCACUAUGGCACACUUGAAAAACUUGGGAUCCCAAUGGUUGGCAAGCCGUUCUUAAUUUUUGGGAACACUAUCGAUGCCUACAGCAAAGCCGGUGGAGCUUUGGACAUUGAACGAUUCAAUAAAUUUGGACCCAUUUACGGAGUUUAUGAAGGAAGACACCCACAAAUUCACAUUUGUGACGCCGAACUCAUUCGACUUGUGACCACGAAGGAUUCAGAAUAUUUCAAUGAUAAAAGACGCUUAGACUUUCGAGACCCACUGCUCAAUGAAAUGCCGGAUUUUCAAGCAUAUGAAAAAUGGAAGGUAGUUCGCAACUUUCUUACACCAGCAUUCUCAUCAGCAAAAAUCAAGCUGAUGAUGGGUUCAAUGGUGGUCACAUUGCAAAGAUUUUGUGACCACUUAAAGUCUGAAGUUGUAAGUAGUCCGGGACAGAAAAUGGAAAAAUUCAAUUUACACGGCGAGUAUUUUUCAAUGAUAACUGAUUUGAUUUCGCGAUGUUGCUUUUCGAUUGAAAUCGAAAACCCCAGUGAUCCUCAAAAUCUCUUUGUGAAUAUUGUGCGAGGUCUCUUAAGUCCAGACAACGUGGGUUAUCCAAUGUUGGAAGUAUUGACAUACUCGUUUCCAAUAUUGCAAAAAAUAGCGCCUGGUAUGAUGAACGCUAAGCUAUCAAAUGAUUUCGGGGAGAUCUUCUCGGAAAUGAUGGCAGCGCGGAAGAAGAGCGGCGAAAAUAAACGGGACAUCAUCGACCUUUGUUUGGAGCAAAUGGACAAGUUGGACACUCCGGAGUACAAGCGACUGAACAUUACGAAGCGGACCAUCAUCUGCCAAGCUCUUGUAUUUUUCUUUGCUGGACAGGACCAAAUGAGUUCAAUAGCUUCGUGUAUGAUUAACAACAUGCUGAAAAAUCCGGAGGUGGAAAAGAAAGUCUAUCAAGAAUUGGACCAAUUCCUUAAGAAGCACAAUGGGAAAAUUGACUAUGAAAAUAUUUCCGAGUUGCAGUACCUCUUUGCAUGUAUUACUGAAACGGUUCGGCUUGUCCCAUUUUUUAGCAGAACGGAACGAGUUUGCACCAAGGAUUGGGAAAAUAAGGAGUUUGAUCUUAAAAUUAAAGAAGGAAUGACCAUGAUUAUUCCAAUUUGGGCCGCAAAUCGAAAUCCCAAGUAUUUUCCCAAUCCAGAGAAGUUUGAUCCAGAAAGAUUUAUGCCAAAAAAUAAGGACAAAUUGCACCCUUAUGCCUUGACAUCUUUUGGACAUGGGCCAAGAAAUUGUAUAGGACAGCGAUUCUCUAACGAGACCAUGGUCCUCUUGUCCGCGUUCGUUUUAAAGCAGUUCAAGUUUCAUUUGAGAAGCGAUUCCGAGCCUGCGUAUGUCCCCGCCGGACCAUUCUUUUCACCUCAUACACCAUUUUAUUUCGAUGUGACGCUGCGUUAACAAUACAUUAACAUACGUUAACAAAAAACAAACUUGUAAGUUAAUUCUUAAUAAAAAUCUUUAUUAGUACAAGCUUACUAUUUAAA